GUGACCAAAGCGGUCAGAGCUGGAGAAGUAGACGCCAAGACCCGUCGCCAGAUCUUUGAUGCCAUCGGAUUCACGUUUCCAAAUCGCCUGCUCAGCUCCCGGCAGCCGCCGGCGGGCUGCCCCGAGCACACCUUCCGGGCGCUGGGCCUGACCCUGUUGGGCGGCUUGACCCGACCCGGUCACUCCCAGAUCCUGAACAAAAUCCCAACCUUCAAUGACAUCCUGGUUUCCCCCUGUGAUCCGGACAGCGCGUCCAUGAUCGACGAUGUCUACCAGUGCCUGAGUGCUGUCAUGGCCACUGCCAGGGGCCCCAGGGAGCUGGUGACCAAAGGGACGGUGUCUGCCCUAUGCCAGGCCUAUGUGAAUUGCAGUUACGGCUCUGACCGUGCCCUCGCGCUGCUGUUGGGGCUGUUGGCCGUAGCAGAGGCGAAGUGCUGGCAAAGAGACGCUCCCCACCUCCUGGCCGUGCUGAGCAAGCUCUCCGGUGAUUUUCUCAGGGCUGAAGACAUGACUAAAUUUGAGCUGUGUGACAUUCUGCCUCACUUCAUCCCCUUGUCACCACCCCUCACAGAGGACUCGCAGGGCUGCGAGUGCCUCCACAGACUUUACACAGGGCUGGCUGACAUCUUGGGCAGUAAGCUCAGCCAGUCGCAGCGGGACCCUGCUCUGAAGCUCGCUGCCUGCCUCGUCCAAGCCUGUGGGUCAGAGUGGAUCCCAGCAGGGAGUGCUGGAAGCAAGUUCCUGGCCUUGCUGGUGAAUUUGGCUUGUGUGGAGGUCCGCCUGACCCUGGAGGAGCCAGAUCCCGUGGAGGCGGAGGGGAAAAAAGAAGUGGUAACAGCCUGCUACGUCCUUAUGGAGAUGGGGAUCCAGGAGUGCCUGAGAGAAGAGAAACCACUGCUAGAGGAGGUGCAGAAAAUGCAACUCAUGAGGAUCAUGGAGGAGGCGUUUGGAGCUGUAAUGUUCUACUUGAGGCAGGUUAAACAGGAGGAGCUACAAGAUCCUUUUAUAUUUGCUUCUGUUCGAAUCCUUGGAGCCUGGAUGGCAGAAGAGACAUCUGCCCUCAAGCAGGAAAUCUGCGAGCUCUUGCCUUUCCUGGUUCGUUAUGCCAAGAAGCUUUUCAAAGAGGGCAGCACAGCUGCGAGUCUUCCUCAGCCCGAGCUGGUCAGCACCGAGGGCUCUGGCUUACCCCAGGAUGCACUGAGAUUUCUGCUACCUGGCUUUUGCCAUUUAACAGCAGAGGACAGGCCACGGGACAUCCUCAUCUCGGAAGGGGCACCAGCACUGCUGUGUGAGUACUUCCUCCAGCAGUGGGAGGUGCUGACCACCGAGCCCGGGUCUCUGGCUCCGCUGACAAGCGCUGAAAUGAGUCUGCAGACGGCGUGUGGGAUUUUCCUGAACCUGGUCGUGACUGCACCGGACCUCAUCAGGCAAGACAAAACCUUUUCCUCCUUGAUGGACAUGUUGCUGAAGUCCCUUCCUCUUCUGCUGCCCCAGAAAGACCACCUGGUUCUAGCAGCCAACAUUGCCACUCUGGGCCUGAUGAUGGCCAGGCUCCUGGCAAGUUCCGCAGUUCUUCAGGGGACGCAGUCUGCCAAGGAAUUUUUCAGAGCUGCCAUUUUCUUCCUAUCAGAAGCCCACACCGCUCAAGCAGACCCUGGCAGCGACGGCUUGGCCGUGGCCGUGUCACCCGCCUACGCGCACGCCUGGGCCGUCGCUGCUUUCCAGGGCGUGUUGGUGGAGCUGGUCGGAGCCAGCAAGGCGUGCAGGGACGUGCUCCUGGCCCACCGCGGCGGGGAGUGGGCCAAACUCGACGCAGCGCUGGAGCAGUGUCUGUCGGAGCCGUGAAGAGCCAGCAGCACCCUGCUGUGGGAGAUGAGGCCAGACACCUGCACAAGAUCUGUUCGAUAUUUCUCACCCACCCUUUGGUGCCGAAUGGGGACAAAAAAAACCCAUUUAAAUGACCAAACUUUGUGA